AUGACAGAAAGACCCAUUAGAGUUGUGGUCUUGGGUGGCUCUUCUACAGGUAAGACGUCGCUUGUUUCACGUCUCACAGUUAAUUUCGUACACGAGGUGCACUAUCCCACUAGGAAACAGAGCAAUUGGCUCUUUUCAUUCAAGCCGACCAGUCCAGUUGCAAGGUUUUUGUUGGACCGUAAGAGCCAUGCCAGGCUCAAGAAAAGAACUCGUGGCCAGCUACGGGCGCCACUUAUUGAUUCACCAGAGAUUAAUCCGCAUGUGCUCCUUUCUCCUUUCAUAUAUGACUUAACAAUGCACGAGUACAAAAUGGCAAGGGACCGCAAGGCCAAGGAUGAUGCAGAUUUGACUCAAGAUAAUCACGUAUACAAAUACUUGGAGCCGCACGACCAUAUCAACGAAAAAAAUGUUAACUUGCUCUCUAACACCAGUGGUAAUAUAGCGUCAGACGCACAGCGAAUGAAUUCCGUCUCCGCUGAGGAAUGCAUUGAAAGUAACAUGGACAAGUUUAGGCAACAAGGCUACGUGCCCCCAUCAUACACAGAGAUUUCAGUCGAUAUAAUAGAUACCCCGGGGUUUAAUCCAGACAUGGUGGUCCCCUUCUUGGAGGUUUCUCUAUUUUCAAACUUGGGGAAACCUAUUUUAAGAGGGUUGGCAGAUGAACCUCGCAAACCCGUCUCAACCCAACCAAUUUUAGUGGCUUCUGGAACAGCUGAGUUGAACGGAAGAGUCGAUGGUUACUUUUUAGUUUACAGUCUAGUGCCUGAGUUGAACAAAGUUAAUACCUUGCCAUCCUAUGAUGAUGCUAGUAGCAAUGCAGAUAUAACUCCACAACCUUCUAUUGGCAGUAAUUCAUCGGAGCUAAGAAGUAAUUCGUGGACAGAUUUAGACGAUGGUGGAUUCAGUCUAUUGACCACUAUCAGAAACUGUUUCAUGGAUGCUUGGAAAGAAUACAGAAAUUAUCAGAAACUUACAAAAGAUGACGCAGAAACAGAUAUAUAUAAUCUCAUGCAAAACUUGAGGCAAAUGUGGAAGAACGAAGUUCACUCCAAGGAAAAGGAACGGAAAAAGUUAAUGACAACUCUGAAGGAUAUAAAUCUAUCACCUGAUGCACCAGACUCUCCUCCUCCUAUUAUUAUAGUAGGUACCCAUCUCUCCCACGAUUUAGCGUCCCCUGUCUUACUUCAAUGGGGCAAAGAUUUGGCCUUGCAAUGGAACUGCGGUUUUGUCGCGAUUGACUCGAUGACGGAUGAAAACGUAGACGUUGCAUUCUCAAUGCUAUUGCGUGAAAUAAUUGAAAAGGAUGCUGCCAUUUGUAAAAAAUCAACAAAGAAAAGUACACUAGGUAGAAUAUUAUGA